AUGCCUCCCGCGGGACGCAUUAGCUACUCGAUUUGGGGAACACUAUUGUUUGUGUUCAUGGUCUUCCAGUACCUCUACAUUGGCCAAACCCUCUACGCCUCCGACGUCUUCCUGACCAAAAUCUGUGUCGCUCUCUUCUACCUCCGAAUCUUCCCCGUCGUAACCGUCCAACGUAUUAUAUGGGGUACCAUCGCAUUUUCAGCUCUUGGCAUGGUCAUCUUUGACAUCCUGGCCAUUGCACAAUGUCGGCCGAUUAGCUUCUACUGGACAGGGUGGGAUAAGUUACAUGAGGGACACUGUCUGGGGGUUCAGCCAUUGGCCUGGGCCAUCGCAGCAGUCGGUAUCAUUCUGGACGUUUGGAUGUUGGCCAUUCCAAUUUGGCAGCUGGUCCAGUUGCAAAUGAAGUGGCAGAGGAAGCUCGCUGUAGCUAUCAUGUUCACAGUCGGUACUUUCGUCACGAUUGUCAGUAUUCUACGACUGCGGUACUUGGUUGCUUUCGGGAACUCUCAGAACCCAACAUGGGACAGUUUCGAGACCUGUUACUGGUCAGUCAUUGAGAUCAAUGUUGGUCUAUGGUGUGUCUGUCUUCCCGAUCUUCGAAUGCUUAUCCUCAAGGCAUUCCCAAGACUGGGAAGUUCAAUCGACUCAGGCCCCAGGAAUCCUCACCAAGGGUCAUCGGCACCCAGGCAGCAGGGCAGAACUCCGGGUUCCUCGCGUCAUACCGAGAGUACCAUUUACAAGGGAACGCCAAUUCAGGCGCAACAGGAAGCUUCGUCGAGCACGGCUGAGCUGGUGGAGAUGACAACCUUUAUGAAUGAUAGUAGGAGUGUAGUUUAA